AUGUUGAGAGACAAGUCUGAACAUAGUGGGGAUGAUGGAGACGAUGAGGAUAAUGUUGUCGAGAGUGAGGAUGAUGGAGACAAGAGCGGAGAUGAUGGAGAAGACAAAGACAAUGGAAGUGAUGAGGCUGGUGAUGACAUAGUUGUUGAAGUCAGGAAUGAGGCAAACCAAAGCAACAAAAAACGAAAGAGAGACAAGUCUGAACAUGAAGAUGACAAAAGGGAGAGUAAAGCAGCAAAGAAGAAAGAUGAAGAAGACGACAUAGUUGACAGGUUUGAGUUCGAGAUAGAGGAAUCAGUAGCAAACUGGUUUGAUGACUUUAGGAUUAAUCGAAAUACUAUCCCAGAGAGUUCAAAUGAAGAGGAAGAUCCGAUAGUUAUUAGAGAUAGGAAAAUUAGGAUGGGAAAUAACGAGAAGUUAGCUAUUGGAAGAACAUUUUUCACUGGGGUUGAGUUCAAAGAGGUUGUGUUAAAUCAUGCUUUGAAGUCGAGGGAAAACAUUAAGCAAAACAGAUGGGGGAAGGACAAAAUGAGCUUUGUAUGUGGUCAAGAUAAAAAUUGUAAUUGGAAAGUAUACGCCGCAUAUGACAAGACUCGACAAUUGUGGGUUGUGAGGACUAAUUGUGGAUAUCAUAGAUGUAAAUCUAAUGGUAAAUGCAAGCUGUUGAAGAGUCCUGUCAUUGGAAGGCUAUUCCUUGAUAAAUUGAGGUUGCAACCUAAGUAUAUGCCUCUUGAUAUUCAAAGGCAUAUUAAAGAGCGAUGGAACAUACUAAGUUCUAUAGGACAAGUUCAAAGAGGGAGACUUCUAGCUCUAAAGUGGCUUCAACAAGAAUAUGCUCAACAUUUUGCUCAUCUUAGAGGUUAUGCAGCUGAAAUCGUUGUUUCAAAUCCAGGAUCCACUGCAAUAGUUGAUACAAUCCCUAAUGAUGAUGGUGAAGUUGUUACAGAUGUUUUUAAACGUUUUUAUGUGUGUCUUGGAGCAAUGAAACAAGGAUUCUACUAUUGUCGGCCUAUCAUUGGGAUUGAUGGAACUUUUCUGAAACACGCCGUUAAAGGCUGCCUAUUGACUGCUAUUGCACAUGAUGCGAAUAAUCAGAUAUAUCCAAUUGCGUGGGCAGCAGUACAAACUGAAAAUGCUGAUAAUUGGUUGUGGUUUCUUAAACUACUUAAGGCUGAUUUGAAUCUAAAGGAUGGGAAGGAUUAUGUCAUCAUAUCAGAUCGUUCUAAAGGAAUCAUAAGUUCUGUAAAAAAUAAGCUGCCAAAUGCUGAGCAUAGAAUGUGUGUCAAGCAUAUUGUGGAUAACUUGAAGAACUGGCGUGGUGAUAAAGACUUGCUAAAAAAAAUGGUGUGGCACCUAGCUUGGAGUUAUAACCAUGCUGAAUUUGAAGCAAACCUGAACAAGAUUAGAGUCUAUGAUCUGUCUCUUUAUGAUGAUGUGAUGAAGGAGAAUCCACGAAGUUGGUCAAGAGCUUAUUAUAGGUUAGGAAGUAGUUGUGAGGAUGUGGACAACAAUGCAAUAGUCUUUUAA